GACAAUUAUUUAGUGGCCCGCCGUUGGGCUUGCACCAACAGUUAGCAGCUAACUGAAGCCGUCCUUUAUGUCGUCUGUGCCAUCUGUAUUGACGAUAGCAGACAGCAAGGCGUUAUGGAAAAAGAUGCCAACACCCAAAACCAGAACCAGUGGCGAUGAACAUGCACAGCAUACCCGCGGAACACUACAUGGAAGAGUCAGCUUGGACAUUUGCCCGACAUUCAAGACGACAACCAGUGUUUGAAGUGGGCGAAAAAGGGUUGUAGUCCUCCCGGGAGAGUGGGGCAACCCAGAUCCCCCGUCUCGUGGUUGUUGGAGUUGAAGCUUGGCCCCGCGAAGAUCUCCCCAGCAAGGCCCAUCACGCCCCGUUACCGGAAACGCGCCGGCUGCUCUUUCAAGACGAGAACCAGGUGGAAUGACUCAGAAGACUUUCACGAGUUCGGGCGCCGAGUUGGUAUAAUACCGGGCAACGUAUCAUCUUUCGUCAGUCAGAUUCUGGGGAAGUGUCUUCGUUCCCGCUCUGAACUAACCAGUCGUACUUUGCAAUUGGGGAUUUGCCUUGGGAUCUUGCAUACCUUCACCCCACUUUCCGUCUUUCUUUUUCCCGAAGCACGUCAGUCACAACGUCGGGCACUCUUUGAUCUUUCCCAUCUUCUGUCCAAAUUGCGUUGCCUAGUCACCCAACUUGUACCGUGUUCAAGAUGCCGAUGCUCAAGGACCCCUCCACCAAAUACAAGCCGUUCCCUCCCCUGAACCUCCCGGACCGGCAAUGGCCCAACAAGACUAUCGUCAAGGCCCCGCGCUGGCUGGCCACCGACCUUCGCGAUGGUAACCAGAGUUUGGUUGACCCCAUGAACGGCGACCAGAAGUGGAGAUACUUCCAGAUGCUCACCGAGUUGGGCUACAAGGAGAUUGAGGUUUCCUUUCCUUCCGCCUCGCAAACCGAUUACGACUUUACCAGACGCCUUAUCGAGACUCCCGGUGCCGUUCCCGACGAUGUUUGGCUGCAAGUUCUGUCGCCCUGCAGAGAAGAUCUCAUCCGCCGCACAGUUCAGUCCCUCAAGGGAGCCAAGAAGGCCAUCAUCCACAUCUACUUGGCUACCAGCGAAUGCUUCAGGAGAAUUGUUUUCGGUUUCACAGAGGACGAGAGCGUCGAAUUGGCCAGCAAGUGCGCAGCUCUGGUCAAGUCUUUGACCAAGGACGACCCCGAGAUGGCCGGCACAGAGUGGGCGUUUGAGUUCAGCCCCGAGACCUUCUCCGAUACCAGCCCCGAGUUCGCAGUGCGCAUUUGCGAAGCGGUAAAGGCCGCCUGGGAGCCCACAGUGGAAAACCCCAUCAUCUUCAACCUCCCCGCAACAGUGGAGAUGGCCACUCCCAACAUCUACGCCGACCAGGUGGAGUACUUUGCUCGCAACAUUACCGAGCGCGAGAAGGUGUGCAUAUCGCUCCACCCCCACAACGACCGCGGUUGUGCGGUUGCCGCUGCCGAGCUGGCCCAGAUGGCUGGAGCCGAUCGAGUGGAAGGAUGCCUGUUUGGAAACGGAGAGCGUACCGGCAAUGUUGACUUGGUUACCCUGGCCCUCAACCUCUACACCCAGGGUGUCUCGCCCAACAUUGACUUCUCCGACCUCGGCAAGGUGAUCAAGACCGUGGAGGAGUGCAACAAGAUUGAGGUACACCCUCGUGCACCUUACGGCGGUUCUCUCGUCGUGUGCGCUUUCAGCGGAUCUCAUCAAGACGCCAUCAAGAAGGGCUUCUCCCUGCGCGAAAAGGAGGGCAAGGAGUACACCGAUUAUUGGCAGGUACCCUACCUUCCCCUUGACCCUAAGGAUAUUGGACGUGAUUACCAGGCUGUUAUCCGCGUCAAUUCUCAGAGUGGUAAGGGCGGCACUGCCUGGAUUAUCCAGCAGCACCUCCACCUUGACAUGCCCCGUGGCCUACAGGUUGCCUUCAGCAAGGUCGUUCAGAGGAUCGCCGACGAGAAGGGCCGCGAGCUUCUUCCCACCGAGAUUACCGAUUUGUUCAAGAAAACAUAUUACCUCGAGGAGAACCCGCGCUUCAACAUUGUCGACUACUCGAUCAACCCCGACCGAUCCAGCUCGCCGGCGCCGCCCGCUCCGGGCAAGACCCAGGACACCAAGAACCUUGGACGUGUGUUCGAGGGUGUCAUUUCUAUCGAGGGUCACGAAUACAACCUCAGAGGCCGCGGCAACGGACCUAUUUCAUCUUUGGCCAACGCCCUUAAGAGCGUUGGCGUGGAUCUGGAUGUCCAGGACUACAAGGAGCACGCCGUCGGCCGUGGCCGUGAUGUCAAGGCUGCUACCUACAUAGAAUGUACGGCAGCCGGACAAACCGAGAAGGUCUGGGGUGUUGGCAUUCACGCCGAUGUUGUACAGAGCUCUCUGAUUGCUCUUCUCAGCGCGGCGAGCAACUUCGUUGGAAGCCGCGUCGGCAGCCCGAUCAUUCCCAAGCCUGUUGCCGACAAGGAAGUCAGCGGUGACGUGAACCUCAGCGUACCCAACGGCGCCAAUGGCAAGAGCAUCAUCCAGGCCCUCGAGUCCCAAGCGGACGAGAUGUGAGUUUGUUGGCUUUUACAAGUAAUGAAAUGGAAUGAAGCAUUUGCAUAAGGGUUGGUGAACGGUGGUUCUGGAUGGGCUGGGAAAAAGUCACAGUUUCUGCGAUAACCAAAAUUCCCAACCAGGGGAUUUUGACUGUUUACUGUUACCAACGACAUUUAAAUGAGGGGUUUGUUUUCGCGCAUUUGUUCACAGAUACCUAACCUACUUGGACGCGUUUGAGUUUCUUUGGGACAAUCUAAUGGGUCCACGUUUUCAUAAGCCUUAGAAAAAGGGGGCUUGGGGUCAUGCUUACACCCAAAAAUGAAAACAUCUGAUGACCGUAACCGGGACUACAAGAGAUGUCAAAGCAACAGAUUGCGUACACACACACAUCCAGAAUACAGGACAACUGCUACGGCAACUGACAGUGCAGUACCAUACGAAGAUGAACCCGGCCUGCCUGGGCCCGAGAAUGAAAGAUAUCAAAAUCAGAUGCUUCAUGCUAUUCUGGUACUCAGCUCAUGCAUUCUUUGUCUGCUGCUUCCAUACUAGCAAAACUUCGACAACAUUGCCUCUCAUCUCUCCCACCUUGUUGCACGGCCUUUCGGGUGAAACACCGGGGAAGGAGGGGGUCUGCUAUUGAGUAAGGAUAGGCCAUGGACGAGAUAUGCAUCCAGAACACGCUUAUGGAAGGG